AUGGGCCUGGCAGCAGGGAGGGGGGGGGGGGGGGGGAGGGAGACGGCGGCUCGUUACCCGGGGAGAGGCGGGGGUGGAGGGAGAGGAGGGGGGUGGGGCGGGUGGAGGGGGCUCUUCCUGCCUCUCGCCCCCUCCGCUCACCCACGUCCAGCCCAGCUACUCUAUCCCAGCGUGGAGCCUCUCUCGGGGGUCAGCUCUGUGGAGGGGGGAGAGAGGGAGGAGUGA